AUGGUUAGUGGGUUAGAAGAACAGGAAGUCCCAAAUGGAGAUGAAGAAAGUAUGACACCACAGGGUUUGGAGGAAAUGUCUGAAAAUGGUGGUGAUGAAGAUGUCCAUGAAGAAGUUGUUGUUAUUAAUGGAAUGGAUGAUUUGUUGAAUUAUGAUUUGAAAAAUUUGAGUACUGAAGCUGCAAUGAAAUUUGAAUUUCCUAAUCGUGAGGUUGCGUUUGAGUUUUACAACCUUUAUGCGAUGGUGAAAGGGUUUGCAGCGAGGAAAAAUAAAAUCUUGAGGAACAAAAAACAGGAGGUUGUACAACAAUCCUUUGUAUGUUUUCGGGAAGGAUUCUGCAAAGUUGUAGCACAGGAAAGCCGAAAGAGAAAGAAGAAGUCAGAGCGGCGAUGUGGUUGUUCUGCAAACUUCCGUGUCCAUGUGCACAUUGCAACUAGGCGUUGGUAUGUCACUAAAUUUGACGAUGAACACAAUCAUGAAUUGUUAAGUGAAAGACAUGUUGGUAGGUUGGCUCUCCAUAGAAGGUUAACGGACGGUGAUGUUAUGCAGCUUAAUGGCAUGAGGAAUGCUGGGAUAGGUGUAGCAGGAGUUUACAACUUGAUUGCUAGUCAGUCUGGGGGAUUUGACAGGGUGCCCUUUACGAAAAUGAAUUUACACAAUCAGAUAGGGAAAUAG